UCUGGAAACAACGGCAAGUAAACAAUUUCAUUUUCUUUAUUUGAAUAGUAUUUGAACCGUUCACUCCUCUUCCAGAGUGGCAUGUAUGUUGUUGAACUCCUUGGAGAUGGAGAAUCAAGAAUAUCCUGUCCAUCACUGUCUUAUCCUGCACCUCAUCCCACAAAGACCAUAACCUUUUAUCCAGAGGUUCAAAAAGAAGCAGAGAAGGCUCCCAGUCCAUAUGUUCCUCAAAUUCCAGUCCAGCAUGCAACUUAUCCAGAGCCACCACCGUUCGUUCCUCCCCGCCCGUGGUCUUUCGCACCUGAUAUACCUGAAGAAGAACUUCCUGAAAUCAUACCGACCUCUGAGCCGUUUUACAAUCAGGUUCAACCACCUACUCCCCAAAAUCCAUUCUAUAUUUAUGAAAAACCACUAUAUAUCCAACCUGAAAACCCACCCCAACCCUCGUCUCCCCCUGAUGAGGGAAGUCAGCAUUUUCAACCAGUGUAUCCAGAGAAUCAGGACACCCCGCCAACACCACCACCACCCAUCAAUGGUGCAAAUGUGAGGUACUUUGAAGAGAACUUUCCACAGAUUCCUGAACAUGGAAAACCAGUGGAUCCGCUCAUAAAUUAUCCUCAAAUUGAAGAAAGUAUGAAUCAACACACUUUCCCCCUCAUGCCCGAACCUGAUGAUGUCCUCUACCCGGAGAAUUCUUUCUUGCCUGAUCACGAAAAGCCUUCCAUACCAAGUAAUCCAGCCCCCGAAACAUCACCAGAGAUUUUUUACCAACCUUAUUACCCAUUCAACCCUUCCAUUUUCCCACCUGGUUCUAAUCAGGAACCCACUGACCGCUCGUUCCCAAAUCUGCCGAUUCCACCAGACACCCCGAAACAGCCAGGGACUGUAGAUCCCAUUGAUAUGGUUCCAUAUCAGGAGCCCCAGGAACCUUUGAUCCCACAGCCCAUGGUUCCCACAGAUCAGAUCCCAGGGGAUCGAGCAGGCCCCUCAUAUACUUACCCCAUUUCAAAGCAAGAAAACACAGAAUUCCCAUUUGGCCAGUACCCUGGAUACCAUUUUCCAGGGUCAGAAAAUGAACAACUCAUUGUUCCUAGUGUUGUUCCACCACCUCAACAGACUGAAGUACCCCAGCCAAUGUACCCCUAUCCCUGGGAUGACAGCAAAGUGCCUGAAAAACAACAUCCACAAUGGCCAAUUGACGAGAUCGAGCCGACAACAAAACCAGAGGCCCCUCAACUGGUAUACCCAUCACCAGGUUCAGAGUCAGAGGAUGUGGUCAGUUUCCCACCAAAUACUGAUAAUCCCCCAUUUAUUCCCUCUCUGAACACUCCUGCCCCCCCUACACAGGACCCAGAACAGCCUCAGCGGCACCAACCUGGACUUCCUAUUGUGCCCACCCAGACUCUGCAGACGACUACACCCUCUAAAGAGCAAGGCCCUCAGUCGUUAAUUCCGGGUGGUUUUCAGUACACCAUGCCACCUCAACGUUUGGGAAACUGCCCUGAACUUUGUUCUGUUACAGUCCCUUACUGCUGCCCACAAGUCAAUUUUCAUCAACACUUCCAUCAUGUUAUUCCAGCUACAGAUAAUCUUGCAGAUGAUCUUCUAAUGUAUUCUGUAGUUCCAUUCGCCCCCUCUCUGGAAACGUAUGGGAUUGGCAAUGUGUUGGGUAAAAUCCACCGAUCCAAAGCCUCGACAAAGCUUCCCCACACUGAUGGUAGCUCUCCAUUGUUGUCGGGGAGCACACAGGAGUUUUCUUCAGAAGAUAUGCAAGGGCCAAAUUUACAGCAAUAUGAGAUGCUGCCAACCUUCCCACAGAGCCAAUCGCAGCGUUACCAAUACAUGACAGCUGCACCAGGACCUCAAGAAUAUCAGUUGCAACCAACCCAGAGAAGUGCUCGACGCUCACCACAGCUGAAUCACCGCUCUGUGCCAAAAAAUGAUUUAAAUUCAAAGCUGUACUUGCAUCCGCACAUUCCUGGAGAUCUUGAGCAGUCAUUCAAACCAUCAAGGGUCAGUACCUCAAAAUCAGACGCUCAUGUUUUACUACCCUCCAAUAUGCUUCAAAAUACAGAGGCAUCUGCGGAUGAGUCGCAGCAGCCAACCGAGCCGCAGCCGGCUAGUAGCGGUGCUGAGAUAAGCAAAGCAGACCAUAUUGGGAAACAAAAUUUAAAAAUGAAACGUUACACUCUUCUGAAGCAUGGGCCACCAGGUCGGCAGUCGAGUACCUCCAGAGAGCCCCUACAACUUUCCAGGUAUUCAAGUGAAAAUUAUGGCAGCCACAACAGAUAUACUCGUAAUUUGUUCCCGAAAAGGGGAAAACAUCCAAACAUGGACUCCACUGAACUUAACGAAAACCCCAAAACAAGACUCAACAACUCAUCAGGCGAGUCAGUUUCUGGAUCCUCUUCAGGGGCUUCCAAGAGACACUCAUUCCAUUCCUCGCAUAUGAAGUCCAAAAUCUUCCAGUCAUGGCGAACGCCUCGGAACCAAACGGCGUCUAAGGAAUCCAAUCCUAGCGUCAGCCCACACCUCGUAAGGACAACUCAACACAUCGGUGUGGCAACUAAACGUCUCAGUCAUGGGCCAAACCAGCGAGGAUUGGAAAUCAGGAAUUAG